GCCGUGGCUCCGUGAGGAAAGGCGGAGGCCCGGAGCUGGGACCGAGGACGAGCCAGGCCCGCGGGCCUGGGAGAGCGCGGCCCGAGCUCCUUCUUUGCCAGAGAAGAAACCUCCUCCAGGGCCAUGAUGCCACUUCCCCAUCACCCGAGGGCUGCUUGCUUCAGUUAGUGCUGUGGGAGGCCUGCUCCCUUGGAGGAAUCCAGCCGACUCUUGGCAUGAGGCCACUGCCCUCCUGAGGCUGAGAGGGGCACAGCCAUGGCAACUUUGGAUGACCCAGGGGAAGUGAGGGAGGGCUUCCUCUGCCCUCUGUGCCUGAAGGACUUGCAGUCUUUCUACCAGUUGCAGUCCCAUUAUGAGGAAGAACACUCUGGGGAAGACCGUGAUGUCAAAGGACAAAUUAAAAGUCUUGUGCAGAAGGCAAAGAAAGCAAAGAACAAGUUGUUGAAACGAGAGGGGGAUGAUCGAGCAGAAGCGGGGGCUCACGGAUAUGAGUCUUUCAGCUACGGAGGGGUUGAUCCUUACAUGUGGGAGCCCCAGGAGCUUGGUGCCGUGAGAAGCCAUCUCUCUGACUUCAAAAAACAUCGGGCUGCAAGAAUUGACCAUUAUGUUGUUGAAGUCAAUAAAUUAAUAAUCAGGUUAGAGAAGCUCACUGCAUUUGACAGAGCAAAUACAGAGUCUGCAAAGAUUCGAGCAAUAGAAAAAUCUGUGGUGCCUUGGGUCAAUGACCAGGAUGUCCCUUUCUGUCCAGACUGUGGGAAUAAGUUCAGCAUUCGAAACCGCCGCCACCACUGCCGCCUGUGUGGGUCCAUCAUGUGCAAGAAGUGCAUGGAGCUCAUCGGCCUGCCCUGGGCAAAUAAGCUUACCAGUGCCAGCAAGGACUCCCUGAGCACCCACACCAGCCCCAGCCAGUCACCCAAUAGUGUCCAUGGCUCCCGCCGGGGCAGUAUCAGCAGCAUGAGCAGUGUCAGCUCGGUUCUAGAUGAGAAGGAUGAUGACCGGAUCCGCUGCUGCGCACACUGCAAGGACACGCUGCUCAAGAGAGAGCAGCAGAUCAACGAGAAGGAGCACACGCCCGACAUCGUGAAGCUCUACGAGAAGUUGAGACUUUGCAUGGAGAAGGUUGACCAGAAGGCCCCUGAGUACAUCAGCAUGGCAGCGUCACUAAAUGCCGGGGAGACGACCUACAGUCUGGAACAUGCCAGUGACCUCCGACUGGAAGUGCAGAAAGUGUAUGAGCUAAUAGAUGCGCUAAGUAAGAAGAUCCUAACCUUAGGCUUGAACCAGGACCCGCCACCACAUCCUCACACUUUGCGGCUGCAGAGGAUGAUCAGAUACUCGGCUACACUUUUUGUGCAGGAGAAGUUACUGGGUUUGAUGUCACUGCCAACCAAAGAACAGUUUGAAGAACUGAAAUGGAAGAGAAAGCAGGACCUGGAGCGGAAGAGGACCAUGGAGAGGCAGGUAUCCCUGGAGUCUCAGCGAAGACUUGAGGUGAGGCAGAGUGGCCUGUCCUCUCGUGCAGCCAAUGGGGAGGUGACAUCUCUCCGCAGGGGCCCUGCCCCCCUGAGAAAGGCUGAGGGCUGGCUCCCCCUGUCAGAAGGUCAAGGGCAGCGCGAGGACCCAGACCCCCUUCUCCAGCAGAUCCACAACAUCACGUCGUUCAUCAGGCAGGCCAAGGCCGCCGGCCGCGUGGACGAGAUGUGCACGCUGCAGGAGAACCUGCGGCAGCUGCAGGACGAGUAUGACCAGCAGCAGACCGAGAAGGCCAUUGAGCUGUCCCGGAGGCAGGCGGAGGAGGAGGACCUACAGCGGGAACAGCUGCAGAUGUUGUGGGAGCGGGAGCGGGAGCGGGAGCAGGAGCAGUUCCGGGUGUCUUCCUUCCACACCCGGACCCGGUCCCUGGACUUCCGAGAACUCACACCCUUCCAGCUGGAGCCCAGCCCAGGGCCUCGCACCCACCUCACUUAUGCCUUGGAUCUGGACCCGUCCCCACCUCAGAGUGGCACGGCUCCUGAGACCCCUUCUCCUACUGUGGCUCGAGUCCCCGGCCAAGGCAUGUCACAGCACAGUGACACGUCUUCCCUGAACCCGUUUGCCCAAGGCCUUUGCAGCCCCACAGAGGAGGGUGUGGCCAGCCCUGCUGCUGCAGAGGCGGCCCUCUGCCCCGCAGCUGCCACCCUCAAGGAGUACAAUCCUUUUGAAGAGGAGGAGGAGGAAGGGGAGCAGGAGAAGGCAUCGGGGAAUCCCUUUGGUGACCCGGACAGGCCCGGGCCCAAUCCCUUUGAUGAGGAAGAUGACCACCCCCCCCCAGGGCCCUCCAGCCCUCCUGCCCCUGGGAACCCCUUCGAGGAGCCCGUCUGCACCAACCCCUUCGAGGUAGACAGUGAUGAGGCCGAGGAGCCCAUUGAGGAGGAGUUGCUCCUUCAGCAGAUUGACAACAUCAAGGCCUACAUCUUUGAUGCUAAGCAGUGCGGCCGCCUGGAUGAGGUGGAGGUGCUGACUGAGAACUUGCGGGAGCUGAAGUGCACCCUGGCCAAGCAGAAGGGGGGCCCUGACUGACCGGCAGGGCAGCAGCCCCGGGGACAUAGAGGAAUGGGCUGGGGGGCUGAAGGGAAGGAGGCAGGGAGGGCAGCUGGUUGCACGGGGAUUAGGGGUGGGCAUCUGCUGUAUUGUGCUGGGCACUUUGGGGCAUUUCUACGCACAUACAACAGGAAGAAUCAGCAUUCAUUUGCUGGCUUUCCUGCUUUUGUUGUUAAAUUGCAGGGGAAGGAGGCCCCCUGUCAAAGGGACAUUCCAUUUUGAUCACUGAGAUCUACUCAAUGCAGCUGCUGGGCAUGGCAGAAAUGGCUGCCAGGCACCUCUUGGCCCAUUUGCUGCUACCUCACUUUGGUCUAGGUGCAUUAUUACAGGGUAGCCUGUGAUGGGGCCUUUCCUGUAGCCAAGACGGGCAGGUCCGCCUCUCCAGCAGAAGCGAAGUCUGGGGGUCCCUUUCGCCAGGCCUCCUCUGCCCUGCUCAGAGCUGCUGCCCAUGCAGUGGAAGGAGGUGAUGCGAAGGGAGGAGUUGGGCGCUGGGGGGCCCAGCCCCUUGGGACGGAGGAGGAAGGGGGUGAGCCCGUGUCUGUUCUCUCCUCAGUUUAAGGAAGUUAAGCAGGGGUGUCAGUUUGAGUUUGAUCAUGGGGAUUUUGGAAAUGAGUGGUAAUGUUGGGGAGAAGUUUUUACCUUAGCACUGGUCUGAUGGAAGGCUCUUGGGGAGCCUCCCUCGGGGCUCUGUUGGGGGGCUCUGCUGCGGUCUUGUGAAAGGACCCAGCAUGCAAGUCAGUAAUUGGUGAUCAGGAAGCUUCUGUGAAACGUCAUCAGGAGAGAGAAUUGAAAAUUACUUUCAAGGCUCUUGGGUGAGCCUUUCCUUGAGGUUCGUCCUGACCUGUGGCACUGAUGAGCUAUUUUCUUACACUUUCAGUAUUAAGAAACGGCAGUGUUUGGGGAGGUUCAGGCCAGGAUCACGCCCGUAGCCCUGUAGUACUUGAACUGUUGAGCGAAGGGCAGGAAGGGAAGGGGUGCGUGCAGCUCUGCUGCCCUGGCUGGCGGGAGCCACGCCCACAGCACCAGCCCGCAUGUUGCCACCCACGUGUGCUCAGCUCUGGGUAGAGUUUCUGCAGUUACACUCAUUAGGUAAUGAACAGUUACUGACCACUAGUCACUUUAUGUCCUUCACCAACCCUUGGCCAUGCUUCCACCUUGCUGGUAUGAGAGUUGAGACUCAUUUCCCACAUUCUGGGAAGGUUCCUCUUGAUAAUGGGAAUGCCUGAACUCUGGGCAUAAAGAGCUUCAUUUGUGUUUACUGGUUGUGUUUGUUUAGCACCUUCAGGGGCUUUGGGCUAAAGGAAGUCCUGCAAGAGUGUGGGUGUGGGUGUGGAGGGCCCUUUACACACAGGUUCUGUUCAAACAGGACUGGGUGUGGGUUGCCAGUGUCGGCCAGGUGCCCGCCUGGUGUCCUGGGCCGGACACCAGAUGUUGCCUGUGUGUGCCUCUUUCUUCCUGAGUCCCAGGUCCUGACGGCCAUUCCUGGGAUUCCGGCUGGCAGGCCUGCGCCUCCCUGCUUAGACUAUCGCUUCCCUCUGCUUCCCAUUAUCAUUGCUGUUCUUAGAGAAUGUGUCUCUUAAUAUUAAUUAGCAUUGAUUCACUGACUGAAGUCAAUACCAUCUAACAUUCUGUAACUAGAACCUAGAGAAACACAAGAAACACUUUUUUUUUUGGCUGGUCCUGGGAUUUGAACUCAGGGCCCAGGCACUAUCC